AUGCAUCUCAUCGUCCCAGCUCCUUCCCGACCUGUUCUUCGACCUGCCCUUCCGGGCGCAGACAAGCGAACCAUUAUGUGCCUGCUUUAUCAUCACACGUUGCCCGAUAUUGGCGCAGGGGCGGAACCCAUCUGCACGCCUCAGUGUCAAUCUAAGUCCAUAUCGGCAAGGAUGGCCCCCCUUGAUGCACCAAUGCAGGGAAAUUAA